AUGUUCCGCAAGAUAGCGAUUGACGAGGCUUUGAUCUCAGCUUUUGUGGAGAGGUGGCAGCCAGACACGAACACCUUCCACUUGCCUUUUGGAGAGAUGACGAUCCUCCUCCACGAUGUUCAGUACUUACUGCAGAUUCCUGUUGAGGGACGACUGAUGAGUAGGACUUCUGUGCAGCUUGACCAUCCGGAGGUGGGUUUGUGUGCGCUUCUUGGGAUGAACUCGGAGCAGUUGAGUGGUCGUUCGGAGGCCCCUGGAUAUGGUAAUAGGGGUAAGUGGUACGAGAAUGGUGGUUUUCUUGCGGAGAUGGCGUCCAGAUACUUGCAGGUGAACGGGACACAUGUGACAGAGGCGCAGUCGUACUUGUUGUUGCUGUCGGGGUCCACUUUGUUUGUGGACAAGAGUAGAGACAGGGUUCGGCCGGUGGUGAACCUAUUUUUGGACGAGUUGUAG